GUAGUAUCGAGUGGGACCUGGAGGACCUCGAUGAGACUAUUAGUAUUGUGGAGACGAAUCCUCGGAAGUUUAACCUUGAUCCAGCAGAACUAAGCAAAAGGAAAGCAUUCAUCACCAGUACAAAGCAAAUUGUAAAGGAAAUGAAGGAUCACAUGUCCAGUUCCUCAAUGCAGGUGUUGGUGGAACAGAAGAACAGACAGACUUUGCUGAGCACCAGGGGAAACCAGGGACUGAACUCCACUUCAGAUAAAUACAACCGGCUGGACCAAGAGCUUCAGGCAGCAAAUUCGCAGUUCAUUGAGGACCAGCACAUCCAGCAGCAGUUGAUUACAGAGCAGCAGGAUGAUCAGCUAGAGCUAGUAUCGGGCAGUAUCGGAGUGUUGAAGAACAUGUCGCAGAAGAUUGGCAAUGAGCUGGAUGAACAAGCAGUUAUGCUUGAUGAGUUCUCCUAUGAAUUGGAUAGUACCCAGUCACGGCUGGAUAAUGUAAUGAAGAAGCUGGCCAAGGUGUCCCAUAUGACCAGCGCCUCCAGUAGUUGGCUAUUACCUUGCUAUAGGGGAAGCCCAUAAAGCAGCGGGAGUUCAAAGAGGGAGAGCCGGGAGUUUACAGAUGAAAUCUAAAAGUGAUGUCACAGGAGUCCUUAAAAUUGAUUGGUU